GCAUAUUUACAAGGGGUUGUGCCCAUUUUGGUAGAUUAGGAAUCUAAGUCACUGCAAAUUUAAGCCACUUGGCUCAAGGGCCUGGGUAGAAUGUGGCACAUGCCUCCGCACAUACGGACAGUCUGGCAUGUGUUGUAGAGACAGCACAGGUCCUGACGGAGCUAAAAAGACAGGUCUGACCCAGCAUGUUGACCCUUGAAUCCUAAGGGCUAGCAGGAAGGGGCACCUGGCAGAGCAGACGGCAUACGCAAAGGCCAGGAGGCAGAAUAUACUGGGCUCAUUUGGUGACAGCUGCACGGAUUUGGGGGAGGCAGGGAGAGGCUGAGGGGCCAGUGCCUGCCUCAGGGCGCAGGAGAGUAGACCCCCCACCUGGCUUUGGUGUGUAACUGUCCACUUGAGAGGGAUGGACACAUCUUUCUUCCGGCGCCCCCUCCCACUCUGAACAUCUGGGACAUGUGUUGUGCAUGCAUACAUCAGCGGGAAGAAGCGCCCUCAUCUCUUACCCGCGCAGGAUAAAGUGAAGCGAGGCAGGGGCUGCAGGGGAGACCCUGUGGCCAGGAGAAGCCAGAGCUUCCAGAGGUGAGGACCAAGGCUGAGGGCGGGGGUGGGGCUAGGAGUUCUCCGGCUGGAAAGCCUCUACUUCCUCCUCCUCCCUUCUUGCCCUGGCCUAUGGCCUUACUGCUGGGCUGGGAAAGGGGAAAUUCUUGCGUUUAAAGUCCAGCAGGUGGAAGGUCCUGGGCUAGGACACUUGGGUCCCCGGCAGUGUCCAGAGACAUGACCGGGGCUGGCAGAGGCCUCAGGGCCUUGGGGAGCCUGGUGCUGCUGGUGAGUGCUCCCAGACUCAGGGGCCUGUGCAGCUGGACAGGGGCCAGGGCGGACGCCUCCAACCCAGUCGUAAACCUGACUGUGGAGGCCUGGACCAGCAGCUCCAUCACCCUGCGCUCGGAGGCCCCCGGUGGCCUGGACCAGCAGAACUACACCUACUGGGUCCAGUGGACCGGACGAGAUAACAAAACCGAGAGCCGAAACACGACAGACACCGUUUUCACAGCGGAGGGACUUGACCCUGGCUCUUCCUAUGAAUUUUCCGUGUGGGUGGAGGAUGGACUCACUAGCUCCAAGAAGACCCUCAAAACCACCACAGCCCCCAACCCCAUCAGGAACCUGAGUGUGGAGACUCAGACCACCAGCAGCAUCACCCUGAGGUGGGAGGUGCCUGAGGGCCCUGACCUUCAGAGCUACGCCUACUGGGUCCAGUGGUCUGGAGAGGGAGACGCGAUUGAGACCACACGCACAGCCAACACCAGGUUCACAGUGGAAGGACUUGAACCCGGGACCUUGUACAACUUCUCUGUGUGGGCAGAAAAGAAUGGAGUCAACAGCUCCCAGGUGACUCUCAAUGCCGCCACAGCCCCCAACCCCAUCAGGAACCUGAGUGUGGAGACUCAGACCACCAGCAGCAUCACCCUGAGGUGGGAGGUGCCUGAGGGCCCUGACCUUCAGAGCUACGCCUACUGGGUCCAGUGGUCUGGAGAGGGAGACGCGAUUGAGACCACACGCACAGCCAACACCAGGUUCACAGUGGAAGGACUUGAACCCGGGACCUUGUACAACUUCUCUGUGUGGGCAGAAAAGAAUGGAGUCAACAGCUCCCGGGUGACUCUCAAUGCCGCCACAGCCCCCAACCCCAUCAGGAACCUGAGUGUGGAGACUCAGACCACCAGCAGCAUCACCCUGAGGUGGGAGGUGCCUGAGGGCCCUGACCUUCAGAGCUACGCCUACUGGGUCCAGUGGUCUGGAGAGGGAGACGCGAUUGAGACCACACGCACAGCCAGCACCAGGUUCACAGUGGAAGGACUUGAACCCGGGACCUUGUACAACUUCUCUGUGUGGGCAGAAAAGAAUGGAGUCAACAGCUCCCGGGUGACUCUCAAUGCCGCCACAGCCCCCAACCCCAUCAGGAACCUGAGUGUGGAGACUCAGACCACCAGCAGCAUCACCCUGAGGUGGGAGGUGCCUGAGGGCCCUGACCUUCAGAGCUACGCCUACUGGGUCCAGUGGUCUGGAGAGGGAGACGCGAUUGAGACCACACGCACAGCCAACACCAGUUUCACAGUGGAAGGACUUGAACCCGGGACCUUGUACAACUUCUCUGUGUGGGCAGAAAAGAAUGGAGUCAACAGCUCCCGGGUGACUCUGAGUUCCGCCAUAGAUCCAAGCCCCCCCUCCAUCGUGUCCUGCAUCAGCGCUUCGGGGGGCUACGGGGUCAUCCUGACCUGGUCCUGCCCCCCGGGAGGCUAUGAGGCCUUUAAAGUGGAGGUGGGCAGGCAGCAGUUUUCCCAGAGCGGAUCCUCCUGUGGGAAGGGUGUGUCCUUGUCGGGACUCAGGCCGGCUCAGGCCUACGCAGCGACCGUCACAACCAUCUGGGAUGGAAGGGAGGCACGGUCUGCCUCCGUGACCUGCCGCACUGAGAGCACAGUGGUCAUCAUAGGAGCCAUCGUCGGUGUCCUCCUGUUUCUCAUCCUGGUGGGCUUGUUGGUUUUCUUCCUGAAGAAGGGGUGUAAGAAGAGUGAGAAGAAACAGGCACACAGGGAUCUGAUCUGCAGUAGCCCAGAGGACAUCCGGGCUGAAGAUUUUGCUGAGCAUGUCAGGAAAAAUGAGAUGGACAGCGGUUACGGCUUUGCAGUGGAGUACCAGCAACUGGCCCUGGAGGACCACAGCCAGUCCCAGAUGAUGGCCUCAGCUCCAGAAAACAGCAUCAAGAACCGUUACAAAAACGUGCUGCCCUAUGACUGGUCCCGCGUGCCCCUGACACCCCUCCCUGGGGAGCCAGGCUCCGAGUACAUCAACGCCAGCUUCAUGCCUGGUCUCUGGAACUCCCAGGAGUUCAUAGCAGCCCAGGGCCCCCUGUCCCAGACUGUGGGUGACUUCUGGCGCCUGGUGUGGGAGCAGCAGAGCCACACCCUGGUCAUGCUGACCAACUGCGUGGAGUCUGGCCGGGUGAAGUGUGAGCAUUACUGGCCUCUAGAUUCCCAACCCUGCACCCAUGGGCAGCUACAGGUGACCCUGGUGGGUGAGGAGGUGAUGGAGAACUGGACAGUACGAGACCUGAAGCUCUGGCAUAUGGCAGAGCGGAGGGCUUUAUCCGUCCGUCAGUUCCACUACGUGACCUGGCCAGACCACAGCGUCCCUCACUCCCCAGACCCCAUGCUGGCCUUCUGGAAGAUGCUCCGGCAGUGGCUGGACCAGAACAUGGAGGGAGGGCCUCCCAUUGUGCACUGCAGCGCUGGUGUGGGCCGCACAGGCACCCUCAUUGCCCUGGAUGUCCUGCUGCGGCAGCUGGAGUGUGAGGGUGUCGUGGGGCCCUUCAGCUACAUGAGGAAGAUGAGAGAAAGCCGGCCACUGAUGGUGCAGACUGAGGCCCAGUACGUGUUCCUGCACCAGUGCAUCCUUCGCUUUCUGCAACAGUCAUCCUCAGCACCGGCUGAGAAGGAGGCCACGUAUGAGAACCUGAUUUACGAGAACAUAGCUGCUACAGAGGCCUAAGUUGCGGGAGGGCUGAGACUCCAGCCCACCUAGACUCAAACUCUGCAUCCUUACUUCAGCCCAGAUACCUGGACCCUUGGGACAGCCGAGGGCUGGGUCCAGGAAUCCUGGGCCCUGCAAGAAGAAGGGGAGAGAGGUCAGGUGGGAGCCUGGAUCCUAGAUUUCCAAUUCCUUGAAGAAGGGGAGGGAUGGGAGGCUAGGAGUUCCUUGUUUUUUUGAGGGAGGAGGAGGCUGCAGGGUCUCAAGGAAACAAGUGAGAUUCUGAGGAAGGAAGGAACGAGGAUCCAUAGUUCUGGCUACCCAAGAAGCAAGAGCAGGCAGGGUCCUGCCCAUCUUUUACUCCAGAAACCAGAUCUUCCUUCAAGGAUCUGAGGUUUCCUUGCACCCCACUCACUGUCUGUACAGAUUUUUUCUUCAAUCCCAUAAUUUAUUAAAUCACUAUUCUCC